UAACUAGAGACAAAUGUAAUCAGUAUCGUAUGACAAACUAUUUCAGGUGAAUUGUAUCCCGCUGUGAAAGUCGUAUGGAUAUCAAAAUACAUGAUUUUAUUAAAGUAUAUAAAGUCCUGUAUUUUCCAGUCUUGAAUUAGUUCUGCGGCAUUCUGAUUAACUUAAUCAUGUUCCUCAAGGAAGCCUUUUGUGUCGCUCUUCUUCUCGCCAUCUCUACAGCGACAAAUCCCAUAAUCUACUCUAAUGUACAGCAACAUCCAAUACCAGCAUCUGUAACUCAUGCAGUAGUUCAACCGGCCGUGGUAUCACAUCCGGCAGUAGCCACAGUGAAUGUGCCAGUAGUUCAGCAACGAGUAGAACCUUAUGACCCCAACCCUCAUUACAGCUUUGCGUAUACAGUUAACGACGCACAUACAGGUGAUUCAAAAAGCCAACACGAAACCAGAACCGGUGACGUCGUACGAGGCCAAUACAGUUUGACAGAUCCAGAUGGUUCUAGAAGAACCGUAGACUAUGCUGCCGAUCCACACAGCGGAUUUAAUGCCAUCGUUCAACGAACUGCACCCAUUUUAACCCAUUAGGUCCCAUACUGUCGAUUUCAUAUUCUAAUGUAUUAAAAGAUGAUUUGGUCUUUUAGCUUUUCUUACUUAUACAUUAAAAGUUAUACUGUGUUUUAUGAAUUGGAUGUACAACGAGAAAAUAGUUAAUGUUAA